GGUCAUCUUGAGAAACGGAUGCCUUGCAGGGUUGCUAGGCAACCCACAGGUGAUUGACAUGACGUACACCUUCGACGACACCACUGUGAACUGGCCAACCCACGAACCUUUCCGCCUUAAAAACAUAUUCAGAGGCUACCAUCCAAACGGGUACUAUUACGAAGGCAGUUCCUAUGAGGGAUACGAACAUAGCGGCACGCACGUGGACGCGCCUUCGCACUUUUGCAAAGACAAGUGGCGAAUGGACGCUGUUCCACUAGACCGUCUGAUGGGCCCGGCUGUGGUUGUGGACGUGUCCAACAAGACAGAGAACAACGCGGACUACACGGUAACGGCUCAAGACUUCCAGGACUGGGAGGAGAAGAACGGCAGGAUUCCUGACGGAUCCAUCGUGCUAGUUCGAACCGGCUGGGGGCAGUACUGGCCGGACAAACGCCAGUUCCUGGGAACAGACACUGCCGACAAAUCCUUGCUGCACUUCCCUGGAAUAGACCCAGAGGGCGCCCGUUGGCUGGUACAGAACAGAGGCAUGCACGCUGUCGGCAUUGACACCGGGUCUCUCAGUUCUGGACAAUCAACUAACUUCGUCGCGCAUCAGAUAUUGUGCGAAGCAGACAUUAUCGGGUUGGAAAGUGUCGCCAACCUGGACAAACUCCCGCCCACAGGAGCCACUGUGUACGCUCUGCCCCUGAAGAUCGGGGAGGGGAGCGGGGGUCCGGCCAGAAUCAUCGGGAUCAUCAACAACCCUGAGGGUGGGGGUGGCAGGGACGAACUGUAGUGGUCCAUGACGCUUGCAUUUCCCUUAUUCUUCGGCUAAAUCGACAUUUAAGGCUGCACUAUGGAGGAUGUGGGUCCCAUAAUUGAAAAGCAAUUUCCAGAGAAAAUCAUUUACGUGAAUAACAAAAACAAGAACAUUUUAGCAUAUUUGCAUCAUUAUUAUAUAUCCCUGGUGUUUGUAAAACGUGACGAAGAAAAUACAAGUUGCACAAGGUCCACUGACUUAGAAAUAAUAUUUGAAACUUUCAUAUCACAAAGUGCAUGCCAUACAAACUUUCACCAAGGUACCAAGAAAGGAAAACCUCAAAAUCCUUCGUUAAUAUUGGGUUCUCAAUACAACAUUUUAGCAUCUUGGCCCCACCACUGUACAAAUAGCCAAGUGGAUAUAUGCAGUUUAAAGUAUAUUUCAAUACAUGUCAAUACAAUUUCGAA